CUUCUACAUCUCCCUCUAUAAAUGUAAUCCUUUGCUUUCUAUGUAUCUCACCACUUAUCACAAAUAAACCAAAUAGUGUUUUGCACAGAAAUUUUCAGCAAUAGUAUUAUCCAAUAUUUUUUUGUUCAUUUAAUCAUGGCUGCACCACAUGAUAAUGAUCCAAGAAACAUUGUUUCCAUUUCAAGGAUUGUGUCUGUGCAUCCAAAGCUUGUGCAACCUCAGAGGGUUUUGACCCUUUCAAAUUUGGAUAGACAGUGUCCAAAUCUCAUGCACUUGGUGUUCUUUUACAAUAACCUUCCUCACCAAACUCUGAAGGACUUGUCCCUCAAUUCAGUGUUCUCCAACUUGAAAUCUGGCUUGGAAGAGACCUUGACUCUGUGGUAUCCUAGUGCAGGUAGGCUUGGGACAAAUCAAAGUGAUGGCAAGCUCAAUUUGUGGUGCAACAACCAGGGUGCAGUUCUGGCAGAGGCUGAAACCUGUGUUAAAAUAUCACAACUUGGAAACCUCUCUGAGUACAAUGAAUUCUUUGAGAAGCUGGUUUAUAAGCCAGAUUUUGAUAAGAAUUUCUCAAACAUGCCUUUGAUUGUUGCUCAGGUUACUAAAUUUGGUUGUGGAGGGUAUUCAAUUGGUAUUGGAACAAGCCACUCAUUAUUUGACGGGCCAGCAACCUAUGACUUCUUGUAUGCAUGGGCCUCAAAUUCUGAAAUUGUGAAAGGAAGAAGCAGAUCUGAUGAUGAGCUUCCAAAACCAGUGCAUGAGAGAGGGAUAAUUCUGAGUGGUAGUCUUCAAGCCACAAGAGGGACUAUAAAUUUUCCUUCAGAUUCAAGUUCAAAUGUUAAACAAGUUAGGGCCAUGGCAAUAGAUCACUUAUAUCAACUUAUAAUGCAAACAGCUAGUGGACAAAAUGGCUUCCCUAUGCAAAUUGGAGGACCCUCUAAUCCAAAGAAGUGUGUUCUUAAAACCUAUCAUCUUUCAGGUGAUAUGAUUGAAGACUUGAAAAGGAAACACUUUCCCAUGCAAAGAGGUUCACUUCCUUUCUCAACCUUUGAGGUUCUUGCGGCUCACCUUUGGAAGGCAAGGACCAAAGCAUUAGGGGUGAAGAAAGAGAAGCUAGUAUGUUUCCAAUUCGCGGUGGACAUAAGGAACAAGAUGACACCUCCAUUGCCAAAAUCCUUCAGUGGAAACGCUUAUGUUCUCGCCUCCAUUAUGAUGUCAGUGGCAGAAUUGGAACAAACAAGCCAUGAAUUCAUCGUUGAUAAAAUAAGAGAAGCCAAAAACAGUGUAAACCAUAACUAUGUGAAAGCCUACGUUGGUGCCCUAGAUGGACCACAACAAGGUUCUUCACUCCCUCCACUCAAGGAGCUAACUUUGGUCUCUGAUUGGACAAGAAUGCCCUUUCACAACAUUGAGUUCUUUCGUGGAAAAGCAACCUAUGCAUCCCCUUUGGCCACUCCUAUGCCACAGGUUGCAUAUUUCAUGCAAAGCCCUAGUGACCACAAGGGCGUUGACGUGAGGAUUGGCUUUGAAGCGGAAAACAUAAGUGCUUUUAGUGAAUGCUUUUUGAGCAUGGCGUGAUGGAAAUGUCUAUUGAUGUAUCUAAUCAUAAAUAAUUGUGUUGGUGAGGGUCUCGUAGGAGAACAUUAGUUUGCAUGUUAACUUGUGGAAAGAUAAAUAGCUGAAAGCUAUAGUACGUAUAUACACUACUGUUGUUUUUAGACGAAUAAAUCCUUACCUUUAUCGUGA